AUGUCUUGUAGCAACUCUUCAAUAGACGAGAAGGACAACAAAAUUGAUAUCACCAACAAUGUUGUGGACCAAGGGACGGACACAUAUGAUAUCCCUGUUGAAAACGUUCUCAGCACCAUUAUCUCCCCCAAUGGGAGAGUAAUUGAGAUCAACGGUGAAAAAGUCGAUGAAGCAAUGAAGCUGGCAGAAGAAGCGAAAAACCUAAAGAUCACCCCAGAAGAGGACCGCAAAUUAGUCUGGAAGAUUGAUCUCUGCAUGUUCCCACUGAUGUGUCUAAUUUAUGCUGUACAAUUUAUGGAUAAAAUAUCGACAAGUUCCGCCGCAAUUAUGGGUCUUAGAACCGAUUUGAAAAUGCAUGGUGAUCAAUAUUCUUGGGUUGGUUCAGCAUUCUAUUUUGGUUACCUGUUUAUGAACCUGGGAUUUGUCCAGUUGAUUUUCCAAAAAACCAAAUAUAUGGCAAAAAUGUUGGCCGUUUUCAUUAUUGUUUGGGGGAUGUUGCUUACUUGCCAUUCCGCUCCAUCUAUAAACUAUGCUGGUUUCAUUGCUCUAAGAGUUUUGCUAGGUUGUGCAGAAAGUGUUGUCACUCCAUGUUUCACAAUUAUUACUGCUCAAUUAUUAUGGAAGACAGAGGAGCAAUUCACUAGAAUCUGUUUCUGGUUCGGUAUGAACGGGCUUGGUUCCAUACUAUUAAAUGCCAUUGCGUACGGUGUAUACAUCCACAAGGAUUCUUACAGCAUUGAAGGAUGGAGAGUACUGUUUGUCAUAGUUGGUGUUAUUACAAUUUUCCUUGGUGGUUUGAUCUAUUACUGGAUUCCAGAUGAUCCAGCAUCUGCCAGGUUUUUGAGCGAGAGGGAGAAGCUAAUGGUAGUGGAACGGAUUAGAUCAAACCAACAAGGUUUUGGGAAUCAUGAAAUUAAAAAAUACCAAAUGAUCGAAGCUUUGAGGGAUCCACGGACGUGGCUAUAUUUUCUCUUUACUGUUUCGUCCAACAUUCCAAACGGUGGUAUCUCCAACUUCUUGAGUAUUUUGAUGAAUGGCGAUUUUGGAUACAGUUCUUCAGAGUCCCUAUUGAUGAGUUUACCAACUGGUGCCGUUGAAUUUGUCGGCUGUCCUUUGUUCGGUAUCUUAGCAGUAUACGCGGCAAACAAAAAAAUUCCAUUCUGGAGAUACAGGUUAGGUUGGGCAAUUUUUGCUGCAGUUCUAGCUUUAAUUGCGAGUUGUAUGCUAGCCUAUGCUAAACACUCAAAAAGUGCAAGAUUGGCAGGUGCCUACCUAUGGUACAUUUCCCCAGUAUCAUUCAUUUGUGUCCUAUCCAAUAUCAGUGCAAAUUCUUCUGGUUACACCAAAAAAUGGACCGUUUCAUCAAUCAAUCUAGUGGCAUAUGCAGCAGCAAACCUGGCUGGCCCACAAUGUUUUAUUCCACGUCAAGCCCCUGGUUAUCAAGGAGCGAAAACAGCGAUGGUGGUCUGUUAUGCUGUCAUGAUUGUCAUCUUGGUGACCUUGUUGACACUAAAUAUGAGAGAGAAUAAGAGACGUGACAAAUUGGAAGCUGAAAGAGGCCAUCAAGAGAUUGUGAACUUAGAGUUCAGCGAUGUCACAGAUUUUGAAAACCCCAACUUUAGAUACACCUUGUAA